AGCUUUCCUUGAGGUCAAAGCUGGCAUUUUUCUCUUUCUUUUUUCCCCUUCAUCUCUCUCUCUCUACACUCUCACUUCAUCUUCCUUCUUAAUCUUCCCCUUAUUUACUCUUCUCUCUCUCCCCCAUUUCUUCUUCACAUUUCAAAUCUCUCUCUCUCUCUCUCUCUCUCUCUAAUUUCUUCCUCCAUUUAUUAACCUCAAAUGCUGCUCUGAACCUGAAACAGAGCGCAUUUUGUGAGCGAGAGAGAGAGAGAAAGAAAAACAGAGCCCCCAUAGCCCUUUUAAGGGAAUUCCCCAUUCCCUUCUUCUUUUCAUUCCCUCUGGUUUAAUCUUUAUGUUAGGUUCCUGAUUCCUCAACAAUGGCUGUUUCUUCCCAAUCUUCCUCUUCCAUUGACAAGAAAAACUGGUGGCUCACUAAUAGAAAGAUUGUUGAUAAAUACAUCAAAGAUGCAAGAACCCUCAUUGCUACUCAAGAACAGAGAGAAAUCUCCGCUGCUCUUAAUCUUAUUGAUGCGGCUUUGGCUCUUUCUCCUCGUCUUGAACAAGCCCUUGAGCUUAAAGCUCGAGCUCUUCUCUGUCUUCGCCGAUUUAAAGAUGUUGCCGAUAUGCUUCAGGAUUAUAUUCCUAGUUUUAAGAUAGCCGGUGAGGAUUCCGCCGGCUCCGAAGGGUCCUCACAGCAGCUUUCCAAAGACCGAGUUAAGCUUCUUGGAUCGUCUGAGUCGCCUGGUUGUGACUCGUCGUUUAAAUGCUUCUCUGUUUCUGAUUUGAAGAAGAAGGUUAUGGCUGGACUGUGUAAAAACUGCAACAAAGAAGGGCAAUGGAGAUAUUUGAUCUUGGGUCAAGCUUGUUGUCAUUUGGGGCUGAUGGAAGAUGCCAUGGUUCUUCUUCAGACCGGAAAACGUCUCGCUACGGCGGCAUUUCGCCGUGAGAGUAUAUGCCGGUCUGAAGAUAGCUUCUCGCUGUCUGAUUUCCCUUUCUCGAGUGAGAUAUCGACGACGAAUCCACCAAAUACACCACCUCGAGCAUUGUCCGAUUCGGAAACAAUCAGCAAUCUCCUUAGCCACAUUAAGCUUUUGAUUCGCCGCAGGACGGCUGCUCUUGCUGCCCUUGAUGCUGGCCUCUAUGCUGAGGCUAUUCGUCAUUUCAGCAAGAUCGUCGAUGGUCGCCGAGGGGCACCUCAAGGCUUCCUUGCAGAAUGUUAUAUGUACCGUGCCUCUGCUUAUCGAUCAGCUGGUCGAAUUGCAGAGUCGAUUGCUGAUUGCAAUCGAACAUUGGCACUUAAUCCAAGCUGCAUUCAAGCAUUAGAGACCCGAGCUGUGCUAUUCGAAUCGAUUCGAUGCUUACCGGAUUGUUUGCAUGAUCUAGAACAUUUGAAGCUUUUGUAUAAUACCAUAUUGAGGGACAGAAAGCUGCCGGGGCCAGCUUGGAAGAGACAAAACAUGAGAUAUAGAGAGAUUCCAGGGAAGCUAUGUGCAUUAACUGUGAAAAUUCAAGAAUUAAAGCAAAGGGUUGCUUCAGGAGAGACUGGGAAUGUGGAUUAUUAUUCAUUAAUCGGGCUGCGACGUGGGUGUUCGAGGUCUGAAUUGGAGAGAGCUCAUUUGUUGUUAUGUUUACGACAUAAACCCGAUAAAGCUACAAACUUUAUCGAGCGGUGUGAGCUUGCAGACGACCGUGAUCUCGAUUCAGUUCGAGACAAGGCAAAAAUGUCAGCAUUGUUACUGUAUAGAAUGCUGCAGAAGGGAUAUUCGAGCAUAAUGUCGACAAUUGCCGACGAGGAAGCUGCGGAGAAACAGAGGAAGAAAGCUGCAGCUGCAUUACAAGCAGCACAAGCUGCUGCAAUUCAAGUGCAGCAACAACAGCAGCAACAACAGCUGCAACAACAGCAGCAACAACAGCAACAACAAGCUCAAGAAUGCUUAUUAGAAAUGGAACUCAUCAAAGCAGCUACAAAAACACAAUCCAAACCACCAAAAACCAAACAAAUCAGUGCAUCAGAUGCCAAAUCCUCGAACGACAAAUCGACAUACCAAGGAGUAUUCUGUCGUGAUCUUGCUGCAGUUGGUAAUUUGUUAUCGCAAGUCGGAUUAAACCGACCCUUGCCAGUUAAGUACGAAGCAUUAAGCUGCUGAAUUCACUUCUACUACUACUACUACAACAACAACAAACACAAAACCAAUCUUGUAAAACAUGGAAUUUGAAAAUCUUGAGGUUUUUUGUUGAUACGGCAGGGAAAUCUCUAAGUUCAACUUCUCUCUUAUUCUUGUACAAAACAAAAGAAUGUCUUAAAAAAAGAAAAAAAGAAAAAAAGAAAAAAAGAACCAACUUUGAAAUUACUGCCGGAAAAAUUUUGGUCACUGUUCUUCCUCUUUUGUUCUUUCAUUUCUACUGUUUUUUUAAAGAAGUUCAUGUACAGAAUCAUUAUGAUCAUCAAGUUCAGCUUCAAUUAUUUCAUCA